AUGACAAGCGAAGAUACCAGACCUCUAAUCAACAAAAACCCGGCUCUACAGGCCUACUAUGCCUCCCUGGAAUCUAGAAUUGGGUAUCGCCUCAUCUUAGGCGGCACUCGACACUUUGGAUACUACGAGCCUGGCACCUGGUGGCCAUUCCCAAUCAGCAAGGCGCUUCGCAAUAUGGAAGACCGCCUCUUCGAAUGCUUGGAUCUACCCGCCGGUUCCACCGUCCUCGAUGCUGGCUGUGGCAAUGGCUACGUUGCAAUCAACAUGGCCAGUCGCAACCUGAAGGUCAAGGCGUUCGACGUGACCGAACGACACGUUAUCCGGGCUCAAAAGAACGUCAUCGAAGCCGGGCUCGAGAACUCCGUCACGGUCAGCAGAGGCGAUUACCACCACUUGGAGGGAUUUCCGACCGAGUCUCUGGACGGAGUGUACACCAUGGAGACGAUAGUGCAUGCGACAGAUGCGAAAGCAGUGCUCGAUGGAUUUUUCCGCGUCUUGAAGCCCGGUGGCUCGCUCGUGAUGUUUGAAUAUGCACACACAACCCCAAAGGAUGCGCCCGAGGCUUCGAGGCUUUUCCGCCAGGUUAAUGAAUAUGCGGCGAUGCCUGCCAAUGCAGAGUUCGAAUCAGACGCUUUGCUAUCGCUGGUUGAAGAUGCUGGAUUUACCGAUAUAAAGGUGAGGGAUUUCACGCAGAACGUGAAGCCCCUGAUGCGGCUUUUCUUCAUUCUGGCAUACGUUCCUUAUCUCGUUAUCAGGCUGUUUGGCCUUGAGAGACACUUUGUCAAUACUGUGGCUGCCAUUGUCGGCUAUCGAUACUUCCACAUUCAUCGUUAUAUGGCAAUUCGGGCUACGAAGCCAAACUCCGCGGGUCAUCCCUUGGAGCCCAAGAAAGUGCAAUGA